AUGCCUUCCUUUCCCGAACCGAUUGCCAUUAUUGGCACGGGCUACCGCUUCCCAGGCUCAACUUCUUCCCCUUCCAAGCUCUGGGACCUUCUUCGCUCUCCUCGCAACCUCGCUUCUAAGACCCCUAGCAAUCGCUUCAACCACGAUGCAUUCUAUCACCCAGAGAUUCACCACGGCACGGGAAUUGCCCCGGAAUCCUACUUCCUGUCCGAGAACAUCCAGCAGUUCGAUGCUUCUUUCUUUAACAUCUCCCCCACCGAAGCCGAGGCCAUGGAUCCUCAGCAACGACUACUGCUGGAGGUAGUCUACGAGUCCCUGGAGCGCGCAGGUCUACGCAUAGAGACUCUGCAGGACUCGGACAUGGGCGUCUUCUGCGGCCUGAUGAACACAGAUUACAGCAAUAUUAUCACGAACGACUGGGACGAUAUCCCGACCUACACUUCCACUGGCGGGGCUGCUUCUAUGCUGUCUAACCGCAUUUCCUUCUUCUUCGACUGGCAUGGCCCCUCAAUCACCAUCGAUACCGCUUGUUCGUCGAGUCUGGUUGCCAUGCAUCAGGCGGUGGAUGCGUUGCGGAAGGGCGAUUGCCCUGUCGCCGUCGUGGCGGCGAGUAACCUGAUCCUCAGCCCGCGGGAGUAUAUUGCUGCCUCCAAGUUGCGGUUGCUGUCACCGACUGGUCGAUGUCGAAUGUGGGAUCGGGAUGCCGAUGGAUAUGCCCGGGGAGAGGGUAUUGCCGCGGUGGUUUUGAAGCGGUUGAGCGAUUCAAUACGGGACGGUGAUCCCGUAGAAUGUAUCGUGCGUGCGACGGGGGUCAACGCGGAUGGCCGCAGUAUGAGUCUGACCAUGCCCUCGUGGACGGCCCAGUCGAGGCUGAUUCAGUCGACCUAUGCCAGCGCUGGCCUGGACCCUAAGAGUCGUCCGGAGGAUCGGUGUCAGUACUUCGAGGCCCAUGGGACUGGGACCCAGGCUGGCGAUCCCCAGGAGGCAACGGCGAUAUACGAUGCCCUGUUCGAGGAGAGAUCCCGGCCGCAGAACCCGCUGUAUGUGGGCUCUAUCAAGACGGUCAUCGGUCACACCGAGAGUGUGGCGGGUCUAGCCGGCAUUAUCAAGGCAUCCCUCUGCGUCCAGCAUGGUGUCAUCCCCCCUAACAUGCACUUCGAUCGCAUCAACGCCAGCAUCGCACCCUACACUACCCAUCUGCGAGUGCCAACUGAAACGGUACCGUGGCCUACUCUGGCUCCCGGCGUUCCGCGGCGAGUCUCGGUCAACUCUUUCGGAUUCGGCGGUACAAAUGCACAUCUCAUUCUUGAGAGCUAUGCGGCUCCGAUGCCAUAUCUGCCAAAGACACUUUUACCCCCAUUAUUGCCACUCGUCUUCUCCGCAGCCACAGAGAAGUCUUUGACACACCUACUUCACCGAUACAUUGAAUACUUACGACAACGCCCUGACCCCGACCUCAUUACCUUGGCAGAGUCGUUGAUGCAUCACCGAUCUCUUAUGAGCCAUCGUCUCACCCUGACAGCAUCCUCACUGGACGAUCUUGAGACCAAGCUCCAGACAGAGCUUCAACAUCGUAGCUCAGUUGAAACUACCACCAAGCACCGAGCGAUUUCCAAGGGAGUUGUUGGAAUAUUCACCGGCCAGGGCGCACAGUACCCGCAGAUGUUCUGGGACCUCAUAUCUCGAAGUUCGCAAGCCCUAAAAUGGAUGGAAGAGCUGCAAGAAUCCCUAGUCUCCCUUCCGCCACAAUAUCGCCCUGAUUUCUUGCUAACACAAGAACUCUCGGCCCCCAAAGAUACCUCUCGGAUCCAUGAGGCACGAGUAUCGCAAACCCUACGAGCUGCCAUUCAGAUUAUUCAGGUCAAUUUGCUCCGCGUGUUGGGAGUAGUCUUUUCUGCUGUUGUUGGACAUUCCUCCGGUGAAAUCGCUGCAGCAUACGCAGCUGGCGUAGUCUCAGCAUCGGAUGCAAUUAGGUUGGCAUAUUUGCGAGGCUGGGCAACCCACCAAAGCAUGAGUAGGGGUGGACAGCCGGGGGCAAUGCUAGCGGGGGCGAUGUCCUGGAAGGAUGCAGUUUUCCUCUGUGAAGAUGGUGGAUUCAGCGGUCGAAUUGUGGUGGCGGCCAGCAACUCUCCCACGAGUGUGACUUUUUCAGGUGAUGCGGAUGCGGUGCAGGACCUGGAAUGGAUCUUGCAGAGCUUGAACAUCAGAGCACGUUCUUUAAAGGUCGAUACGGCGUAUCAUUCUCCCCAUAUGGUGCCUUGUGCUGAGUCUUAUCUCUGUGCUGUGAGAGCCUGCGAUAUCAAGUAUCGACCGCCCAAUGUGCCAUGGUACUCCAGUGUAUACCAUGCAAAGAGCCUUGAGAGGCACGAUGUGUGCCAUGAAUACUGGGCAGAAAAUAUGCUUCGUCCUGUUCUGUUUUGCGAGGCUGUUCAAGCUGUGCUUUCUGACCUUGCGAGUUCGAACAUGAUGGUUGAGGUCGGCCCGCAUCCAAUGCUCAAAGGUCCGGUCUUGCAGACCCUGUCUGACUUUCAGCAAAGUGAUACCAAGCUGUCGUCUUAUGUCGGUCUGGCUCAUCGGGACAGCGGUAGCUUUGACUCUAUUGCCAACGCUAUCGCACUCUUCUGGGAUCAUCAAUUACCAGGUCUCGAGACUCAAAAACUUAUCAGGCUGUUCGACCUUGAUCAUGACUGCCACUUCUUGAAAGAUCUACCAACCUACCCUUUCGAUCAUACGAAUUCUUACUGGGCUAUGUCUCGCUUGACCAACGCCCGUCUGCACCGUGCUGACCCACCACAUUAUCUGCUGGGGGCACUUAGUCCUGAGACCACAGAGAAUGAAUGGCGAUGGCGGAACUUUCUCAGUCGGACAGAGCUGGCAUGGUUGAAUGAUCAUAGAGUGCAGUCUCAGGCUAUCUUUCCUGCCACAGGCUACAUUGUCAUGAUGCUCGAGGCGGCCCUCAUAAUGACUCAGGGACAGUGUUUGCGCUUGUUCGAGAUCGAUGAAAUGCACAUCAAGCGCGCCAUUAACAUUCCAGACGACCCCCAAGGUGUUGAAGUUAUCUUCAAGGCCGAGCAGGAGUCCAUGAGAGAUCAUGAAAUUCUAGGCACGUUUACCUGUUAUGCCAAUAUUGGGGGAAUUUUGAAGGUCUGCGCUUCGGGGAGAACCACGCUUUCCCUGGGUGAAACAGACGCAAUGGCGCUACCUCCACGACGGAUGCCAACGCCUUUCACAAGACCGGCGGACAUCGACAGCUUCUAUGCCGGCUUGGAGAAGUUCGGUCUGGACUACCGUGGUGCAUUUCGAGGCCUCAAAGCUGUUGCCCGCCAAUCGAAUGGGUCGACAGGUGUCGUCUCCUGCAAUAACACAUCAUCGUCAACGCUGCAUCCAGCAGCCAUGGAUUCUAGUCUUCAUGGUAUGCUGGCUGCUGUAAAGCUACAGACACCAAGUGUGCCCGUACACAUAGAGCAUAUUGUCAUGAACCCAUUACUCUGCCGAGCAGAAUCGUUGAACGAAACCCAGGAUCUGAUGGUUGAUACUGCGCUUCUUGAGGACACGGUCGACGGAGCGAAAGCGGAUAUUCACACUUAUAAUAGUGAGGGUCAAGGCGUCUUUCUUAUCGAAGGCUUUCAGGUCGCUCCACUCGCCGUCCCUGAUGAUCGCAAUAUCUUCUCUGAGAUUGUCUGGGGACCGCUUGUGCCUCAUUCUGUGCCAAGAAAGACUGGUGCCAAUCCAGAGACCGAAUCAAACUUGUAUUGCGCGGAGCAGUGUGCUCUAUUAUACAUAAAGGACGCCUGGGAGACGCUGACAGCACUGGAGUAUGCGCGUAUGGAUCCGUACCGUGCAAGUGUGAUAAAGUGGAUGGAAAGGGUCUUGCAGAUGACUCGUGAUGGCACUCAUCCUAUUUAUCAGCCUGAGUGGUUGGAUGACACCAUCGACGAAGUGCUAGAGAUCGCAGAUGAGACAAGUCCGGGUUGGCACAAUUUGCGGGUAGCUGGAGAGAGUUUGUCCAGCAUGCUGCAGGGAGUCUUCGGCCCCUUACCGCUCUGCCACGACAAUGAUGACUUUGAACCUAGAAGGCUGUAUCUGGAUCCUUUUGAAAGCGACCCUAGCAGCUCUGAGCUUGCAACCUUUGUCGGACAGCUGGUCUUCCGCUUUCCUCAAGCGAAAAUCCUAGGGCUCAAUGCAGGGAGUGGAUUAACGGCAAAAUCCGUUCUCAAUAAGAUUGGCAGCUCUUACCAAUCAUACACCAUCACUGACACAUCAGCGAUUCGGCUCUCAGAGGCAUAUGAGACGUUCGCCGGCGACAAUAACACCAAACUGAUCUUGCAACGACUUGAUGUUGAAGAGAGCUUGCUUGAACAAGGCUUUGAGAAUGAGAGAUAUGAUAUAAUUAUUGCUGCUAACUCUCUGUCCCAAUCACAGAGGCUUCGUGAGACUAUGGUGAAUAUCCGGCGCUUGCUCAAACCUGGUGGUUAUCUAGUUGCGCGGGAAGGAACUAACCUCGAUAUCAGUCGUGUUAUGCUGGCAAAUUGUGGCACUGCAAAGUGGUGGCAAGAUGACGACAGCGUUCGCCAGUGGAGUCCAAUUUUAAGUAUCCAGCAUUGGGAGAAGCUGCUUCAGCAGACUGGUUUUGGUGGUUUUGAAGCAGUCUCACCUGCCAGUGAACUUGUGUUCAAUUCGACAUUUGUCUCGCAAGCUACCGAUGAGGCAAUCAUGCUUCAGCGUAAUCCAUGGACGUUCUCAGGCCGCCUUGACAACGAUGUUUGGAUUGUUGGGGGUGCAACAAACGCGACUGCGAGUCUUGUAUCAGGGCUCGAGGCGCUUCUGGCUCGCUUUUUCUCUCGUGUGGUCAUUGCAUCGACACUAGAGGUGCUGGAUCAGCAAGACCUAUCCAAAUCACACGUCCUAGUCUUGACGGAUCUCGAUUGUCCUUGCUAUAAAGUCUUCACAGAAGAGCGUCUGGGUGGACUCAAGGCGCUAAUGAACCAUGCCAGCAGGCUUCUCUGGAUAACUGCCGGACACGAGAGCCAAGAUCCAUACUGGGCGAUGGCUAAAGGCAUUAUGAACUGCGUUGCAUACGAGAACCCGCAGCUACUCUGUCAAUAUCUGAAUGUUCCUGAUCGAGCUGAGAUUACUGCACCGGGACUGGCUACGAUCUUCUUGCGACUGUCUCAUACCACUGGAGACAAUGACUUCACGUUGUCAGAUCGUGUGCAUAGCAUUGAGCCGGAGCUAAGGCUCGUCAAUGGCACGUUGCAGAUUCCGCGAUUUAAUCUUAGCGACGCACUGAAUAAUCGGUACAUAGCUGGUCGGCGCAGACUGAACGGGUAUGCCAAUUUGCAUCAAUCAGUGGUGCAUAUCAUUCCACCUUCAAAUCGGCGUCGAGAAUUUGUUUUGUCUGAAAGAGCAGGCAGCAAGGGUGACGACUGUCGAGGUACCUCUCAUCAGCGCUGGCUUGAUGCGAGCUACUCCACAUUGAACGCUUAUCAUGUGGAAGGUGCUGGAUAUCUCUACUUGGUGAUAGGCCGCGAUACGAGUGACCGAACACGUUGGUUUGCCCUAUCGUCGCAGCAAGCUUCAUUGAUCUCUGUGCCUCUAAGUUAUUGCUUUCAGAUGCCGGAGCAUCUCCCUGAAGCUGUGGAGCCCACAUUUCUAAAUAGGAUGGCUGCAGCAAUUAUGGCCAUUAGUGUACUGAGCUCUGGAAUACCUAAUAUGUCAGUACUGAUUCAUGGGCUCGAAUCGAUGAGCAGAUUGAAACAGGAAGCGUUCACGGCUCUGAGUGCAGUGCGACAGAUGCAAGUCUAUUUCAGUACUAGCGAUUUUGUGAUCUCACCGGAAAAGCACUCGUUGUUCAUUCACAACAACGAAUCAGUGCGCUCUCUCGCACGCAUUUUACCUUCUGACCUGUCUGUCAUUGCUGAGCUUGAAGAAGGCAAGCUUAACUUGUUCUCUCGAAUUGCAGCGAUUGUCUCAGAGGAUGUUGCUCAAGUCAAGCUGACCAACGUAUGUCGAAGGUCUUCAAGCAUCACGAGGCUUAGCAAUCCAGUCGCUGUGAGCCAGACGUUCCUGAGCGCAUGUGGGUUUGCUUUGCAGACAAUGGAGGCAGACAAAGCGACUGAUCUAAUUUCUCUUCGUGACAUCCACGGCAUGCAUACGGAUCUUUCCCGUCAAGCAGUCGUGGAUUGGACUGUGCAUGAUAAAAUCCCAGUCGAAAUUCAGACGGCAAGUUCGGCGGUAAGUUUAUCACCAGACAAAACAUAUCUCCUUGUUGGAAUGACUGGAAGUCUGGGCCAAUCGGUCUGUCGAUGGAUGGUUCAUCGAGGUGCGCGGUGUGUUGUCAUGAGCAGCAGAUUCCCCAAGAUUGAUCCUCUGUGGAUUGGGGAGAUGGCGAGUUUGGGGGCUCGCGUAGUUCCAUUUACAAUGGACGUCACGAGUCGCGUAUCAGUGACUUCUGCAUACGAUACACUCUCUGCCCAGCUACCACCAAUAGGGGGAGUCAUUAAUGGUGCAAUGAUCCUUAAGGACCAAAUGUUCGCCAAUAUCAAUUUUUCAGAUUUCCAGUCAGUACUUAGCCCCAAGGUGCAAGGAAGCCUUCUUCUUGAUGAGAUAUUCGGUCACCUUGAUUUGGACUUCUUCAUCCUCUUUGGGUCAGCCGCCGGACCGAUGGGCAACAUCGGCCAGGCGGCCUACUCAGCAGCUACCCACUUCAUGUCUGCGCUUAUCCAGCGGCGACGCAAGCAGAAUCGAGUGGGAAGUAUCAUCCACCCGACAUCGAUUGAGGGAGUGGGCUAUCUUGCCCGCGCAGAUUCUGCUUUGUAUGACAUCCUUCAGAAAACAAUGGGCAGUAGCAGCUCACAAAUGUCUGAAAAUGAUCUGCAUGAACUUAUGGCGGAGGCAAUUCUUGCGGGGCGGGUUGAAGCGGGCAGAAACGCAGAUAUCAUUGCGGGGUUCGAGCUUGUGGAUGCCGCCAAAAAUUCUGACGCAAUAUGGUUCCGGAAUCCAAGAGCGUGGGGCUUCAUUGAUCGAAGUGGACGCCCCUCUAGUGGAGCAUGCGUCCGUAAGGACACUGUGGAGAUGAAAGUACAGUUGACGGAAGCAAAUAGCAUCGAUGACGCGAUACAGAUAAUCACCACGGGCUUCAUUGAGGAGGUUCGUUCGAGGCUGCGUCUCCCCGAUGAGGAGUCCGUGACUCCUGGUAACGUGUUGAGCGAGAUGGGGGUGGACUCGUUGAUGGCCAUUGGGUUGCGGCAAUGGUUUGUGAAGGAGGUCGGGGUUGAACUCCCGAUGCUACGAUUUCUGGGCGGGUCGUCUAUAGGGGAGCUGGCUGGUGUUGCUGCGGUACGACUUGCUGAAGACGGUGUCUUCAAGGGUGAAGAUAUUGAUUUGGAUAAGGGUGAUGCGGUUUUGACGUCGCAGACGGAGGAAGAGGCGAGUCUGGUUGAAUGGAGAUCCUCUGAGUCCGGACUCAGCCUAUCCUUGUGA